UUAACUAAUCUUACAUAGUAUUACAUACAUAGUAUAAGAAACUCAUGACUCGACAUCACACCAUUUAACCUUCAAGUAUAAGGACGGAGGUAUUCGGUGAAAUUCUGCAGAGCCGUAUCGAUUUUACCCACCGAGACCCUUGGAAGGCGAAUAGGUCCGGAGCGUUCGAGAACUGAUAACCGCUAUUGAAACCGCUAGGCAUAACCUAGGCAUAACUAUUUCACGUUCGGUCCGAUGCUUCUACCCUAGGUUAGGUGACAUAAUAGCUACCCCAAAAACUGCAAUUCGGAGCGAAUAUACAUAGUGUUGCAACUUAUGUACACUACAGUGACUACACGUAUGCACCUCCAGGGCAGCAGGGCUAUCUGCCUACCUUAGUAUGUCACUGUAUGUGCCUUAGGUACAUGUAUCGUAUGUCGCUCUUUCGUCAUCCAGGUUGGGAUUGAUGACGCUAGAUCACGGAAGCAGCUCAAGUUCUCAACACUUAGUUAUCCAUGACAUCCCGAUUCCCAAGUCUAGCAGGCCUGGCAAGUCUACAUAUCAUGUUGUUUCUACACCUAACUAUCUUGGUAUCGAUACCAUUUUCUUGGAAGGGUGACAUUUUCCAUAAUGCACGCAGCACGGCAUUGUUAUAUUGCUUGCGGUUCUUAGUGCUUACUAUUUUCUUUUUUCCUAUACAGACAGAUUUUCAACUCAAAUCGAUCCAUGGCCAUUUUCUCGGUGCUACUGUACCUACAUGUAAUAUGUAUCGUAGUAUACGAAGUACCAAGCAUGUUGUAUGGCCCGGCCCCUUGAGUCCCUUGAGUACUGAGCCUCUCAAGUCUUGGUAUCGGUUGAGCUUCCUGCAUUGCACAUCAGAUGGUGCCAGUGUAAGCCAGCAGCCAAGAUCCCAUCCGAUUAAAAAGUGGCUGCAGAAAUCGCCGGUGAAAUAGCUACAUGGUACUUGUACAAUACAAUACCAAGGAACGGUACUUGUUAUGCCCCCUGUAGCUUUCAAAGUUGUGGGGUGCGAAGUGCAAAGCGGCCAAAGCCCUCAUGAGGUUUUUAUAAUUGGCAUGCCACUAAUGCAUCGAAGCCUUUUUUUCUGCAUACGAUCCCGUCUUGUCUUACCU